CCUGCUAAAUAUCUUACAGAGACAAAGUGACCCCAAACCACAGAGGCCUGGAUUGCCUGUGCAGAAUGUGGGACAUGGUUCCCCAGGAGCUGUGGUGAAGACGGUGGGAUCCUAGAUGAUGUCAGAUAUGUGUAUAGAUUUAGGCCAUUAUUGUUGAAAUCUGCUCAUGUCCUUAUUUAGGUUUAAGUGAACUAUUUUAAUGAUUGCAAAACAAUCAUGCAAUACAAACGUGCGUCAGUUAAGAUGAAUCAUUUAGUGUUUUUUAAACCAUUACCAGCUGUCCCAUUUUACCUAAACAUGUCAUCUAAAUGAGGUAGAGGUACUGGUUGAAGGUCCAAAGUUCAAGUAUUUUACUUGGUAACAUAUUUUCAUUACAGACAUAUAGCAGAGAUGCACAACGAGGCAGUUUUCAGAAUUUUAUGUGGGUUUCUUGGUAAUCAAAAAGUGUCACAAAUGACCUGACUUCACAGGUAAACAGAAAGUAAGGGCUGUUUCUCACAACAUCAGGUAAAUUGUGUGAGAGAGUGCAGGUUGUUUAUUUAGACACAGUCUGCUGACAAAUGUUACUCAUCGCCUUGUCAGUGUUGGCACACCCAUUGCAACGAGCGAGGAGCGGCGGAGACGAUGACUACAAGUGGAGCUUCCCCGUAAAACCAAGAGUUGCGUGCGAAGAGCUCGACAUGUCAUUCAGAGGAAUCCGCCACCUGAAACGCGAGGAAGUGAAGGCGACUCUAUUGGGUAUAAAGCAUCAGCCAACAUCUGCUCCUAGCAGUACAAAGCUGAUGAAAACAUCAGCUCGGAGCUCGGACGGGACCUCUCCGAUAUAUUUUAUUUUCCUCGGAUUUAUUGCUUGGCAUUAGCUACCGAGUCGGUGGAUCCCGGGAGACGCAUCUCCUCUCUGACCUUAAAGUGAAUGUGGCUCAGCAGCCAACAUUAUACUGGAAUCAACUGAUAUCUACAGAGAUCUUGGUAACUGCGCACCUGUUACAUCCACAGAGCGCAGGAUCAUGAUCCCUCCUGGAGACUGCAUGUAUGCGGGUAGGAAGAGGAGGAAGCCCAUCCAAAAACAGAAGCCGUCCUCUGCCAGUGAGAAGACCAACCCGUCAAAGCGGCACCGGGACAGGCUGAAUGCUGAGCUGGACCGGCUGGCCAGUCUGCUGCCGUUCCCCCCGGAGCUGGACAAGCUGUCCGUGCUGCGCCUCGCAGUUUCCUACCUCCGCGUCAAAAGUUUCUUCCAAGCGAGCCAAGAGAAGACGUCCAGGAAACACAUCACCAGCACAGCCCCCUCUAACCCUGAGCCUAGGAAAGACAGCCUUCCGCUGUGCACCUCCAUCAACGAAAGCAGCCUGCUCCUGGAAUCUCUGACAGGCUUUGCCUUGGUGGUGAGCAGUGAUGGGAUGGUCUUUUAUGCCUCUUCAACCAUUGUGGACUACCUGGGUUUUCAUCAGACCGACGUGAUGCACCAGAAUGUGUUUGAUUACAUCCACAUAGACGACCGUCAGGAGUUCAGACGCCAGCUCCACUGGGCCAUGUGUCCUCUACAGCACCAGGGGACCUCGGCACACCAGGAUAACCAGACAGCUGCAGGGACUGGUGAUGAUUUUGUAGUCAGCAGCCUGUUUUAUUCUCCAGAGGCGGGGGGAAUUCCUCCUGAGCUCUCGUGCUUUCUCAACAGAUGUUUCAUAGCCAGAGUUCGAUGCCUCUUGGACAGCACGUCUGGAUUCUUGACUAUGCAGUUCCAGGGCCGGCUGAAGUUCCUCCAUGGACAGAAAAAGAAGUCAGCGUCUGGGGCUCUGAUGCCUUCCCAGCUGGCUCUGUUCUGCACAGCUGUGCCCCUCAUACUGCCCUCCAUCACUGAGAUGAAAAUGAAGAGCAUGUUCAUGCGGGGAAAGAACAAGGGAGGAAGUGGAGGGAUUAUCUCAGCACUGGAGCACGGGCCUCUUCUUCACAGUGAGCGAGGGGAACAUCUCCGCCGGCACUCCUUCAGUGGAGGAAUGGGUGACAUUGCAGACCCUCUCCUUCUGUCAUGUCCAACUCCUGGCGGUACCCAGCGAGGUAACCACAGUCCUUGGACCACACUUGCCAAAGAUAACCUCAAGUACUGCCCUGAUGGUUACUACAAUCAGGAGGAGCCCCUCAACUACUGCAAGCCCUCCAUUGGUCCCCAUAAAGGUCUCAGUCCAGGUUUGGGUGGUGGCUGGUCUCUGCGACCAAAUUCAGGUCCCUUCAGAGCAGGUCAGGGUGUCAGCUACACGAACUCUAAUCGCUUGAACAAGACAGGCCAAUAUGGAAAGCCAUACCGCCUUUCACCUAGCUGCCACAGUAGCAGAGGUGGUGAGGUAUUUGUCUCUAAGCUCUAUGGGAACAUUCAAAUUCCCACAGACCCAGAUGCCUACUGUGUGGACCUGGUGAAGAGCGAGGACGGCUAUGGUGAAUGCUACGAUGACCACCUGAUGCCAGAGAUGCAACCCAUCAAGAUAGAGCACGACUCAGACUCUGAAAAUGGCUCUGAUGCUUAUGGACAACCCUGGGCUUGCCGCGACCCAGAGGCCGUCAACCGUCGCUAUAAUGGGAUUUACGACCAAAGCUCCAGCCUACAACUCAAAUCAGAGGCAGAUUAUUAUGAUGCACAGUACUCGCCCUGUCAGCAAGGGAAAACAGGCAUCAGCCCACCGUACAACAAUGGCAACUACCACAGCUAUGCAGUUAACAACAGCGGCAGUACCACCUCACGUAUGUUAAAGUGUGACAAAGACUUGGGAAAUAACGAUGAUGGCAACCAGUUUAGUCCUCAGAGACUCUCUCAUUCAGACUCUCUAUGCACUAACCAACCUGUCAACCUCAUGGACUCACACAUCUAUCUACAAGACCCUCACAAGGCCUACAUGCCCCCAGACUACAACAAGCUUGGAACUUAUGAUUUCAAAGGUCAUGGUCUGAUCCAUUCAAUCAAGCGGGAACCCAUGGACUCGCCACCAUGGACUGAGAGUGGUCAUGAUGUAAACCAGUCCAUGAUGGCUGGUUCAAGGAACAUUAUGCCAUGUGUGAUGACCACAGGGCACCACAAGUCCAGUCCUUACAUUUAUAUGUCAUAAGAGUGACUGGAGCAUUACCCACACAUAAACACACCCAGAGAUAAUUACCUGCCCCACGGCACACACACACACACACCUACACAAUCAGUGUGCAUUAUAGUACUUUCUACCAUAUUAUUAUUGCCCUCAUACAUAUGCACCAGCAUUACAAAAGGACAGUCUUUGAUUGCGAAGCUUCCCAGGAUGUCAAGUACUUCUUCAGUUUGAUGAAGAGGUCACAAACAGAGCUCAGGUUCUAGUGUUAGCGCUGUGACAAUCAGAAAUAAUCAUUUCAAUCCAGUUUAUGGGUAAAUGAUUUUAUUGUUAAAGAAUACAUUUUGUAAUUGGAUCACAGCACUUUUGGAUUUAAUGACAAUGAGACAAAUAAUGUCAAGGACAGGUUCAUUUUAAUGGCUUGUGCACACCUGGCUUUUGUUGGUGGAACAAAGAUUUUGCUGUAAAAAUAGACUUUUUCUACUUUGUACACAGAGGAUGACUUAACGCCUACUGCUGGGAUUAUUCAAGGGAGAUAGGGAACAUACUUAGGAGUGAGUGAUAACAACUUAAAGAAAAAUCUCUCUUUAAGAUUUAAAGGGUCUUAUAGGUGGUUUUGCAUGUUUUAGUGCAUUAACUAUAAAUCACCUCCUUUCUCAUUACUGCCUCCAGUGAUUUGUGAAUGGAGUUUCUAUGCAUUUAGUAAAUUCUCUUGUUAAAUCAACUUACAAAUACUUGAAACUUUUAAUCCUCUGCAGUGAAAAAAAGUUUUGGCAAAUUUAUAGCAAUCACGCCUUCCUAGGGAGGUGUUCCGGGCAUGUCCCACCGGGAGGAGGCCCCGGGGAA